CUGUGUUCUUAAUGCGUCAAAUUUAACAUUUUUUGUUAUUAUUAUAAAAAGAGUGUAAAAACAUUGGAGAUACUAUAAUAAUAGUAGCAGUACACUGUGACAAAUUAUUGGUAGUAUAAUCAAUAUCUACCAAGUAGAAUACUUAGUUGUAUUGUUAAAAUGAGUAGAACCUAAUCUAUUAGAAAGUUACUCCCAUCAAAAUUUUAGAAUGUCUCAAAGGCUUAUAAACUGCAUUACCCAAUGGGUCCACCCAAAAGAGGAUGAGAGCAAUGUCAUUUCUGCAACUUUUCACAUGUUAACCAUUACUUUAAUUAGUAUGUCUUUGGUAGACUUGACAUGGUUUUCAAUAACUGGAACUGUAUGUGUACCAUACCUUACCUUGGGACAAUUCUUUUGGUUUGGAUUUUCUUCUGAUGAGGACAUUGAUUACUCUGAUUAUGACUGUAUUACUACAAAAAUAGUUAACUUGAUGAGAAUCACUAUCCUACUCUGCUUCAUGACAAUAAUAUUUGCUUUGAUGGGGUUCUUUUUGGAGAUUAUUGGUCCCAAACAUUAUGUAUACAAAACACUCAGGAAGUAUGCUAUUAUGGGGACGUUUACCGUUAUUUGGAUAAUGGUAAUAAUUGGUGUAUCAUAUUACACACUAGUUCUUCUAGAGAUGUCAUUGGCCAAGGUCUAUCCCAAACAACAAUCCUCAGUUAGUUAUGGCAUUGGUUUUUAUCUCAUAGCUGCAUCAGGUGCUGUUACAUGCUGCGGAAUAGUCUACACCGUAAUUCUUCCAUUCCAUACUUCCCGGUACCUGAGAGACGACGACAGAUGUCUUCUGGACGCCUUCGACGACGGUCUGGACACAUUUCAUCAUCCAGUACCUCCGCCGCCUUAUUGCAUACCCCCACCACCUUACACUCCUUGAUUGAUCAUCAAUAAAUACCAUUGCAGAGGUUAAGUUUCGUACAUAGGGAGUCACCAUUUAUUGGCAGAUUUUUCUCUAGACGUCAGCAAUGCAAAAAAAAAAUAAUCUAGACGUAAAUAUUGGUACUAUUUUUUUUAGUUAAGAUAGUGUCAGUUCGUUUUGUUCUAAUGAACUUUAAAUAUGCAGUACAAUGAAGUAUAUCACACUAGACUUUUUAGGUACUAUAAUUAUAAAUAUUUUUGUAUAAUCUAUAUUUCAUUUAGUAUGAGAAAACUUUAAAUAAUAUUUUUUCCUCUUAGAGUUUUUUGAAAAUCAAUACCAUUAAAAACAAAUAAAUUACAAUAAAGAAAGUACAGACCCGUUGCCCCGGUUCGAUAGAGAAAAAUGACGGAAAGCAGUUCCUGUAACUCUUUGUAAUGGGCCUGGUUUAUUGACCACAUAACUUAAAUGGCCAAUGGGAAGGUUACAUGUUCGAUAAACCCGGCCCAUUCGAAAGAGAUGAAGGGACUGCUUUGCAUCAGUUAUAUCUGUCGCAUUGGGGGAAAGGGCUUCUAUUGCAGAGCCCAGUUCCUUUGUAUUGUAUGUCUAUGUUAUUAGGUAUAUUAGAGUAUCUCUAAAAUUCCCUCUCUUGUCAUUUAUCAGCUGAUUCGUCAUUUGGAAGUAUUUCAUAAUUAUAGUCAUGCGUAUAAUACACCUUUUCUGUUUAUAAGUGAAAGUUGGCCAUGACAUUGUGGCGUAAAUUACAUAAAUUUCAAAUAAAUGACGAUGCAACAAGUACUUUGUCAUUGGAGAUAGGUGCUGAAAGAAGUUAACUACGUUAGAUCACUAUUAGAGGAAAGAAAAUUAUUGGAAACGUGAAAGGAUGCGCAGUUUACCAUAUUACAUCUUCUUUAUUUAAUUCUCUAUUUAGUAAUUGUUACACGUGCUGUAGAAAGAGAAUCUGCCAAUUAAAUAUGCUGACCUUAAAAACAAUUAAACGAAAGUACCAAAGCUUAGUAAUUAGUUUCUUGAGCACAGUAGACGGCUUUCUGAUAAAAUUCUCUCUAUUUUUAAGAUUGUUUCAAAAAUCUUUCUCGAAUAUUACAAAACGAAUAAAGGUAUGUUUUUCUUAUUAAAUAUGCAGGAUGUCAC